UUAGCUAAGGUUCGUCGGAGGGGGAAGUUUGUGGUGGUGGCAGUGAAGGAUCCCCCCGGUGCCGCCAUGGGGAACCGCGGCAUGGAGGAGCUGAUCCCGCUCGUCAACCGGCUGCAGGACGCCUUCGCGGCGCUGGGCCAGAACUGCCUCCUCGACCUGCCGCAGAUCGCCGUGGUGGGAGGGCAGAGCGCCGGGAAAAGCUCCGUGCUCGAGAACUUCGUGGGCCGCGAUUUCCUGCCCCGUGGUUCCGGGAUCGUCACCCGGCGGCCGCUCAUCCUGCAGCUCAUCUUCUCCAAGACAGAAUAUGCCGAAUUCUUGCACUGCAAAUCUAAGAAAUUCACGGAUUUCGAUGAGGUUCGGCAGGAGAUCGAAGCUGAGACCGACCGGGUGACGGGCACCAACAAGGGCAUCUCCCCCGUCCCCAUCAACCUGAGGGUCUAUUCACCCCAUGUGCUGAACCUGACUCUGAUCGACCUGCCGGGGAUCACCAAGGUGCCGGUGGGCGACCAACCCCAGGACAUCGAGUACCAGAUCCGCGACAUGAUCCUGCAGUUCAUCGGCCGCGAGAGCAGCCUCAUCCUGGCCGUCACCCCCGCCAACAUGGACCUGGCCAACUCGGACGCGCUCAAAAUGGCCAAGGAGGUGGAUCCGCAGGGCCUGCGGACCAUCGGUGUGAUCACCAAACUGGACCUGAUGGAUGAAGGCACCGAUGCCCGGGACGUGCUGGAGAACAAACUGCUGCCAUUGCGCAGAGGGUACAUUGGUGUAGUCAAUAGAAGUCAGAAGGACAUUGAUGGCAAGAAGGACAUUCAGGCAGCUCUGGCUGCAGAGAGAAAGUUCUUUCUCUCCCACCCAGCCUACAGACACAUGGCUGAUCGUAUGGGAACCCCCUACCUGCAGAAGGUCCUCAACCAGCAACUGACCAACCACAUCCGGGACACCCUGCCAGCGCUGCGCAGCAAGCUGCAGAGCCAGCUGCUCUCCAUGGAGAAGGAGGUGGAGGAGUAUAAGAACUUCAGACCAGAGGAUCCCACCAGAAAAACAAAAGCUUUGCUGCAGAUGGUGCAGCAGUUCGGGGUGGACUUUGAGAAACGCAUUGAAGGCUCUGGAGACCAAAUUGAUACCUAUGAGUUGUCAGGAGGAGCCAGGAUUAACCGCAUCUUCCAUGAACGUUUCCCCUUUGAGCUGGUGAAGGAUGGUACAGUUGGUUGCUGCCUCAAGAUGGAGUAUUCAGACGAGAAACAGGACCUGAGGAGGGAGAUCAGCUACGCCAUCAAGAACAAUAUCCAACGGUGUCAG